CGUUUGUAGGCUCACUCAACUAGCUAGAGAGAGAUUAGAGAGAUAAAAGAAAGGAGCGUCUUUAACCAGCUUUUCUCUUACCUUUUGGUUUGUGCCCUGUUCCUUAAUUCUGUAGAAUUAUACCCUAUGAAUUCCAUAAUUAAUUUCUUUUCCCUCAUUUCCAAGAAUAUAAAAGAAUUUUGUUUGAAAUAUUGCUGAUUUGGUGCCGAAUACUUACAUUGUUUUGUUGUUGUAACUUCUCAUUAAGCAGAAAAUACUCAAAAAAGAGAAAAGAAGGAAAAUUUGUUUGCUUUUGUGUUGAAUCCUUCAAUAACAAGAUGAAGUUCUCAAUUUUGAAUUUUAAUUUCAAAGUUCAGCAACAGUUUGCUCUUGGGUUGAUAAUGAUGUUAAUGGUGUCUUUUUGUGGUGGAUUUACUCAUCCAGAUGAUGUUUUUGCAAUAAAUAGUUUAUAUGCUGCUCUGGGAAGUCCUCCAUUACCUGGUUGGAUUCCACAAGGAGGAGACCCAUGCUUGGAAGCUUGGCAAGGUGUACUUUGUGUCAAUUCCAACAUUACUGGAAUAUCUUUGAAUAAUGCUAAUUUGGGAGGAGAAUUAGGCACUAAUUUGAAUUCUUUCUCAGCACUUAUAUCAAUAAACCUCAGUGGUAAUCGCAUCGGAGGUACACUUCCUGCUAAUUUACCUCCGACUAUCCAGACCUUGUUCCUUUCCGAUAAUCAGUUUACUGGAAGCAUUCCCGACUUGUCUCCAUUAAGUCAAUUGACUGACUUGUCGCUGAACAAGAACAAUUUGACGGGGGGUAUACCCGAUUGCUUUCAACUACAUCAUGGUUUAAUCAACUUGGAUCUCUCGGAAAAUAACUUAACAGGCCCCUUGCCACCAUCGAUGGGGAACUUGUCUUCUCUUACGACACUGCACUUGCAGUCUAAUGAACUCUCAGGACUCCUUGAUGUCAUACAAGACCUCCCCUUGACUGAAUUAAAUAUAGAGAACAACCAAUUCUCUGGCCCUAUACCUGCAAGACUGCUGACUAUUCCGAAUUUCAGAAGCACCGGAAACCCGUUCAAUACCAGUGUUCUUCCAUCUCCUCCUUCUGCAUCCCCAACAUUAACGCCUGCAACAAAUUCAUCUUUGCCUGGACAGCACCCUUCCGAAGAAAUACACAAGCAGCCGUCUGAUAGCCCAUCUACUGACACAUCAAAUACCUCAAAGUCAAGCAAAUACAUGAAAUCCAUUAUUACUGCGGCUGUUGUUGUGCUGAUUCUUCUUGCUAUUGUGCUGGGGAUGUGGUUUUGUUUCGCAAAAUGGUGCAAGGCAAGGCAAACAGGUGAUGGGUUUACCAAAGGGAAUGUAAAACCCUUGAAUGGGAAAGGUGAAAAACCAAAAUAUAAUGAUUCCUUACCGCAAACUAAUACUCAAGCUGGUAAAGCGUAUAAAGAGGCAUCUUUUAAAGUCCCAUCUUUGAGCAAUGUAGAUGAGAAACCGGUGAUAUUUGCAAAAGAGGCUUCUCCAGUUGCCCCGAUUAAGGAUGCUCAUUGCAUAGACAUGACAGAGACUACUUUCAGUUCGAUGAAGACGCAACCAGUGCCCCCUCCUCGUCACUAUUCUAAUGAGAACAUAAAUUUGAAACCAAUAUCACCAACAGUGACUGAAACACAAAAGUCGUCUUUCCCGAGCUCUAUAAAGUCCUUCACCAUUGCCUCACUUCAACAGUAUACUGACAGCUUUUCUCAAAUGAAUCUCAUCGGUGAAGGCAUGGUAGGCAGUGUUUAUAGAGCUGAACUUCCGGAUGGAAAGCUUGUGGCAGUGAAGAAACUCAACAAUGCCACUUCAAAACAGCAGAGAGAAGAUGAAUUUUCCCAGCUAGUUUCUUUGAUCUCUAGUAUUCAGCAUGAAAGUGUUGUCAAGCUUGUUGGAUACUGCACGGAGUACGGGCAACGGCUGAUCAUCUACGAAUACUGCAACAAUGCUACAUUGUAUGAUGCACUGCAUCUCGAUGACGAGAUUCAUAAAAGACUUUCAUGGAAUACACGUAUUAGAAUUGCACUUGGUGCAGCAAAAGCCCUUGAGUACUUGCACGAGGUCUGUCAACCACCCGUUGUACAUAAGAACUUCAAAUCUGCUAAUAUUCUCCUUGAUGAUAAAUUUGAGCCUCUAAUAUCGGACUGUGGCCUAGCGUCUGUGCUAUCCCACACUUAUACUGCUCAGGUUUCAGGUGGCUAUGGUGCACCAGAACUCGAGUUAGGAACAUAUACUAAACAAAGUGAUGUUUUUAGCUUUGGGGUAGUCAUGCUGGAACUUCUUACUGGACGAAAAUCCUAUGACAGUACACGACCACGACCUGAGCAAUUUCUUGUAAGGUGGGCUAUUCCCCAGCUGCAUGACAUUGAUGCAUUAUCGAAGAUGGUAGAUCCUUCACUAGAUGGAUCGUAUCCCUCGAAAUCACUAUCCCGUUUUGCAGAUAUAAUUUCCCUUUGUGUACAGGCCGAACCAGAAUUCAGACCUCCCAUGUCAGAAAUAGUGGAGGACCUUGUAAACAUGAUCCAAAGAGAAUCAUAACCUUCAGAAAUCAAGAGGAGAUAUUAUAUUAUCUGAAGAAUUGCGGGAUUGCCAACCGCAAGGGCAACGCGGAUAAAGCAAGUAGUUGAUAUGAUUUUAGACGACAAAACGUUUUGAGCUUGCAAAGUGAGCGAGCUAUGUACCAUAAGCUAACAUGAGUUCAUUGUUAGUAGCCUAGUAGGUAAAUGACCAAAGCUUCUAUCAAUGGAAAUCUUGGAAAUUCUCUAUCCAUAUUUUCAGGAAUUCCUAUAUAACCUUUGUUCAUCACACUGAUGGGCACUUUAGGGUGUAUGUUGUACUGUUAUUUAAGAGAGAGUUUGCUGCUUUUUGAGUGGUGUGGUGUAAUAUUAAGGAAAAUCAAUUCUAGGGUUCUUCAGUCCUAUACUUUCUUUGUUUUUUUUGAAUUUGCUUUAGUUUGUGAUAUUCCUUCUUGUAAAAUGUUACUUUCACUAGCAAACUCGAGAGACACAAGAGUAGCUUCUUUUAUAAAGUAUCGAGAGACACAAGAGUAGCUUCUUUUAUAAAGUAUCGAGAUUCGGAUAUCGACGUUUGAUACAUGUUUGAGAGUUGAGCUUGUCAAUGCUUGAACUUCUGAGUAAAGGACUAUUGUCCGAAAAUUGUACCAUGUAAAUGUUUGAUUUUUUAUUGAGGAAAAUCAAAGUUAUGCAUUUCAUUCUAGUAGUUAAUAGUUACUACGGUCAUUGUAACAACUAUUGUUAAUUAACUGAUCUUGUUUUAAUUAUGCUUCUUUAUCUAUAAUGUGAAAUAUAAUUAUGUGAGAUUGGGUUU